AUGGCAAGGAUGCAGACAUGCGUGUUGUGCCACGUGCAUCCUCUCAUCGCAUCCAUUGUCCCGGCGAAGAGGCCCUGGUCGGUUGUCGGCGUCGCCGACGGUAGCCAGCAGCUGAGCCUAAGGAUGGUGUCCAGUUGGAGGAGCAACAAGGCGGUCGUUACUGCACGCGCGGCGGUACCCAACCAGUGCGGGAGAGCGGCGGACGGCAACAGCAAGGUGGACGUUUCUCGGUACGACAACGGCGAGCGGUCGCAGCAACAGCCCAGGACGACGCCGCCGGAGCCAGCCGUCAUCAACCUGGAGCUCGGCGACCCGACCAUGUACGAGGAGUUCUGGAAGGAGGCCGGGGAGUGCACGGCGGUCGUGAUCCCUGGGUGGCAGGGGCUCAGCUACUUUUCCGACGCCGAGGGGCUCUGCUGGUUCCUGGAGCCGGAAUUCGAGAGCGAGGUGCGCCGCCUCCAUCGCCUCGUCGGCAACGCAGUUGUCGAUGGGUACCACCUCGUGGUUGGCACUGGCGCCACCCAGCUAUCCCAGGCAGCCAUGUACGCCCUGUCUCCCGCGCGCGCCGUCGCCAACCAUCCCAUCGGCGUCGUAUCGCCGGCGCCGUACUAUUCGGCGUAUGCGCCACAGACAGACCUCCUGCUGUCGGGGUUCUACCGGUGGGCCGGUGACGCCAAUGCCAAUGCCAACGCCUUGAGCAGUGACAACCACAUCGAGCUGGUUUGCUCACCAAACAAUCCCGACGGCGCCAUCCGCGAGUCCGUCCUGAGCUCCGACUCCGAGCCUGGCAAGGUGAUCCACGACCUCGUGUACUACUGGCCGCAGUACACGCCCAUCACCGGCACAGCAGCCCACGACAUCAUGCUCUUCACCAUGUCCAAGAUCACUGGACACGCCGGCACGAGACUCGGGUGGGCGCUGGUGAAGGACAGGGAGGUGGCGAAGAAGAUGGUCUACUUUGUCGACCGGAGCACCAUUGGCGUGUGCAGGGACUCGCAGCUCCGUGCCGCCAAGAUCCUCGCCUUGGUCUCCGACGCCUACGACGACAACGACACAACGCGGCAGCUCGACCUGUUCGACUUUGCGCAGCGGCGCAUGGCGGACCGCUGGCGGGCCCUACGCACUGCCGUGGCGUCCACCGGCGCCUUCAGCCUCCCGGAGGAGACAUCCGGCUACUGCAGAUUCACCAAGCAAAUCGUGACAGCUUGCCCAGCGUUCGCGUGGCUGUGCUGCGAGAAGGAAGGCGUGGAGGACUGCAGGGAGCUCCUGCGCGAUCACGGCGUCCUGGCGCAGGGCGGCGAGCGGUUCGGAGGAGACGCGAGGUGCGUUAGGGUCAACAUGCUGGACAGGGACGGAGUGUUCGAACUACUUAUACAGCGUCUCUCAUCGAUCCGUUGA